UUUACAUAUCGCGCAAAGGAAAGUAGUAAAUUUUAGAAACAAAUUAAAUUAAAUUGUCAAAAUGCAAGACUUUGCAUCAAUGAAAUAUGCAGAUCUUAGAAAGCUGGCAAAAGCUGCAGGCAUUAAGGCCAACAUGAAGCAAGAUAAACUGGUGGCAGAAUUAAACAAAUAUUACAAAGAGAAAGAGAAAAAGGAGAAAACAUCUGAUCCCAAAAGGACUCCAGUAACGAAUGCACCAGCAAAACCAAAAUCACCAGCUGCUGCCAGAUCUAAACCUAGCACAGCUAGCAGCAAAAAUUCAACACCAUCAAGCAAACUGAGCAAACCUGUCACUCCAGCAUCCAAACCUCUGACUCCAAAACCACAGGCUACAGUGACUGCCAAGGCAACAAUAGCAAAGCUUUCAACCCCAACUUCAGCCAUAGCAAAGAAAGAUGCAUCAAAACCAAACACACUAUUGGUUAAGCCUGCAAAAGCAGCACCUGCAGUUGUCAAACCAUCAACUCCAGCAUCUGGGUCAAGGAAUGCAUCUCGGUGGGAGAAGAAAGUGUUUACGCCAUCUUCUGGCACUGCAACACCAACAAACAAGUCUGCCACACCUACUGCAAAGCCUGCAUUAGGGAAAAGGAAGAAGUCAGACACACCAUCUGAAUCCCAGCCUGCCACAAAAAAGAGAAGAAGCACCUUUGAGAAAGCCCCGACACCAGGAGUUAAGACCCCAGAUAUAAAUAGCCCGAAGUCACGUCAAUCUCGAGGUUCCAGUUCUGGAAACAGCCCAGGGGUGAAGGACAUAGUAGGGGUCAUGAAAGGGGACAUGACUGACCAAGAGAUGAAGGACUCCCUCAUGUCAGCCAUUGAUAAGAAGGUUCAUGAUAAGGUGAAAGCCGCCCCAGAUGGAACCAGCAUCCCCAGGUUUGCUGCUUUUGCCAUGAAGAAGAAAGAGAACAGGCCAAUCACUCCAGGAAACAAAGACUGGCAGAAAAUACACAAGAAAAGCUUUGCCAAGUUUGAUUCGAUAGAUGUGUACCUGAACAAAAAGAGAAAACGAGCAGAAGAACUCUCAACAUCUGUGAAAAAAGCCAAGACCUUACUGACGGAGGUCCAUUCUGUGGUCAACAGGCUGAAGGCUCAUAAAACACCUCUGAGCCAAGAAAAUAAGUUUUCCAAAUCAAGAAAGUCCAAUCCAAACAAGACGACACCAUUUAAGCCAACAGUGAUCAACACUUCACAGAUGAACCUCAACUUUGGGGCCAAAAAAUCACCAAAAACACUCCCAAGACAACCGCCAAAGUCUGUCAUUUCCACAAAAGUGAAGAGUGUCGUUAUAAAUGCUCCAGUCAGGAAAUCGACUGGCUCAGUUGCCCCUAGAAAAUCAGCUGCAACCCCAUUCAAGUUCACAGCAGGCAACACCACCUUGAACUCCACCAUCUCCUCAACAAAGAAGAACACGUUUGACCUGAAAGCCAGUCUUGCUCGACCAGUCACAUGGAAGACCCACAAAGGAGUACUGAAACCCCUCGAUGAUGUCACCAAGAGCCCUGUUUACGUCAGGACUGCUGUUAAAGUGCAGAAAGAGAGAGCAAACGCUCGUAAAGCUGUGACCACAAGAAGAGCAGACAAAAAAGACAAAGCCCGGAUGGCCCGCCGUGGAAUCAACGUUUGAAUUGACUGGUUUACUUUUUAACCACCUAGUGGUUUAAACUCUUAAACAUUUGCCUACGAGUCUUGCAUUUGACUUCCAAACGUGGUGAACAUCUACUGAUAUGAUGAUACCUUGUUGCACCAACUAAUGAAUAGAAACAAGUUUUGCUGCUUUACCAUAUUUUUUGCUUCUCUAGUGUAAAAUUUUGGUUUUAAUUCCUUGUUUUGAACGGACUAAGUAGUGAAUGGAUAUCAAAUAAGUGUGUACAUUUGUACUUUGCUUGCCAAACUCCAUCUAAUUGUCCAGCAGCCAUGUAUAAAAGUUAAAACUGGUGAAGUGUUUGGUAUAAUUUGGCAAAAAUAUUUAUUGAUUGGUCAAUAUUUAUCCAAUAAUUACUGUUGAGUAUUGGCCAAUCAAAUUGCUUUAUGUGCAAACUAGCCAAAAGAUAACCUGUGGAUAAAUCAUUCAGUUUUAUACAGUUGGCUGUAGAGGACCACAGUUUUGGUCCUAGGACUUACGAACUUCUUAUGAAUGAAAAUAAGUAACAAACUUAGUAGAUAGACACUAUAUUCAUCCAUUUUGUAAUACCUGUACAUCAAUAACAGACAUUAUUGUACACAAUUAUUUAUGCUUGAAGCCUUCUUAUUAUCAACAGUAGUGUAAGAGUUGUAACCACUACAAGUAGUUAGUUACCAAUGACCAUGCUGAUUGAGGAUGUGAGGUUUUUUCUUUUUAUUGUUUUACUGCCAAGUGUCAAUUCACUGCAAGAUGGUUGGCACAAUGACUGAAUGAAUAGUCCGUUUGCUUGUACUUUGCUUUGAAGGAAUUAACUGUAAUCUGACAAGUAAAAAGUCUCAUUAGAUAUCUGCAUUUAGGGUAUCAAACAGUUGCACAGUCAUCCUAAGGUUCACAGAAAAGUUCAUGUUUAUUCAUAUAGUAUCCUUAUGAUUACAAUCGAGGGGUGAAACCAAGUUCAAUAAUAAGAAACUUCAUUAAAAAACAAUCAUUAUCUAGAACAACUGCAAAAUGGCAACUUUUAUAGACGAUAUUAUUUUUUUUUAAUUGUCUCAUGUUACAAAGUAGUAUUACUUUGCAUCAGAGUAACAUUGAUAUACUGAUAAAUGGAAGUGAACAAUGUUUAUUGGAUUUUUACCGGAAAGGUGGUUUAUAGAAAGUAUCAGUGAAAUAAAAUUUAUAUUUCACUGUUUCAAACAGUGAAAAUAUAACAUUGAUAUUUUUCACUGCUUUGAAAUUUGAGCCCACUCGGUUCCAAAUCAAACAUCAGUGCCCACAGGGCUUGUGCACUAUUUCAAUGACGUUAUUCCCAAAAUGACGUUGCAAGCACAUACAAAUAUACGCGUUUUUUUUUAAUUUUUGAUUCCUAUUUAAGGCAUUUAAUAAAAAAAAUGUUUCAGUGUAAAAUAGCAACAUAUAUUCACCCUGUGAACACCAGAGUGAAUGUUUCACUUGUGGUUAUGCUAAUCGUGAAAUAUAAAUUUUGGUGCUCACUCGGUGAAAUAUCCUAUGGUCUUACAGUGAAAUACAAUUAUCCUCAAUGUUAUCAGCAAGUGUCAUGCAUGUCUUGUCUUGCGCAGUUACUUUUUGAGGCAAUUGUCUUCUGAUGCACAGAUGAGUUUUUUCUCCUGGAAGAACAUAAGUCUACCUAACUGGCACAUUCAUGUAUAAUCACAUGUACAGACUAUAUGGAAAUUGUCAAAUUUGAUAUUUAUCAUUUUAGCCUUUUUCUUUUCUCCAUGUGUAUGACUGUUUUCUUUCUAUAGUUUCUUCUUUAUCAUAUUCAUUGUAAAUACAUGUAAAUAAUUUAAAUAGCUCUUAACCAGUAUGUUGUUACAUCAUUUAUUUUUGCAUGAUUUUUAUUGAAUUUGAACUUCCCCACUUUCUGUAGACUGUAGUCACUAGCUGUAUGCAAUGUUCAUGUAUUUGUCUCAGAGUCACCUAAAACUUUUGGGCCCAUAAGCACUUUGACUUUAACCUUAAACUACAAAUGUUCAUUCCAUUGUAAAAUUGCUACUGAAAGAUGGCAUGAGUGUUACCAUAACCAAGAUCAUCUACUAUGUAUACAUAAAAACAUUAAAAGUACUUUGGUGCACUUGGAAAUUCCCCUUUAUGUUAGGGUGUUUGUAAAUAUACCGGUAUAUGUAAGAAAUAUUGUGCAAUUUGUAUUGAAAGUGUUUUGUUUUAUUUUGUCAUACAUUUCUUUUAAACACAUUUUUAUUGGACAAUGAAAUAUUGAUGAUGAUCAUCCAGUGUUAUUUGAGUUGAGUCCAGAGUUCUGUAUCAUAAUUUAUUGUUUAAGUAACAUAAUACUAUUUAUCAUCCAUUUUUAUUACAGAAAAGAAAUAAAAAAUAAUUUCAUCGAAUAUGAAUACAGAUAUUUCAAGUUUACUUUUUGAUUGAUUGAUAUGUAGUGUACUUCAUGUAAAUUAAAAUAUGAACAUCAUAAUUUGUGAGUUGUUUUUGUGUGAAAUAUAUUGUUUUACAUAAUAAUACUGGAUCAUCUCGUCCGUAGGGGAAAUAGCUUCAGUAAUAUAAAUGACUCUUUGUUGCAGUUAAUACAACUGAGUCCAUAUUGGCUUCAUUCUCCUCUGUAUGAAUUAAGAAUGAUUUUAUUUCAGGUGUAAUAUGUGCUGUCAGUAACUGCAUUUACUACUCCUUACAAUAUCAUAUGACUUGUAAAGAGUUGUUUUUCACUGAACAUGAAGAAGGGAUCAUUCUUUAAAAAUCCCACACACAAAUGUGAAAGUUUGAUGCCUGAUGACCCCAUGUAAGCUUGGUAUGUUUUGAACCUGUAUUUAAAAUAAAUGACUAAAAGUACAUUAAUGGUUUGUUUUUUGCUCUGUAUUUAAAUUGAAAUCAGAUGUUAAAUGACCCAUUUUGCAAUAUUUGAAGGCCAAACAAACUUCUUUAUGUAAUGAUUCACAUAAAACACA